AGUCAAGAACAGCAAGCAACAGCAAAAGAAAUUUCUUCACCAUGUCGCAGCGCCCAGAGGUCAGCGCUUACGACGAGAAGGCCGAGGUCACCCAUGUCGAGGCGACGGCCGACGGCGUCAUCAUCCAGAAGGCGACCGAGUUCUCGGACACGCAGCUCAAGUCGGAGCUUGACUCGUUCAGCCUCUUGAAGAGUGUCAAGGUCUUCAGGCGUAUCAUUUUGGUCUGUUUCGCCGCCGGUCUCUGCGCCGCUCUCGAUGGUUACCAGCACCAGAUGAUUGCGUCCAUCGUCGCCAACAAGGGCUUCAUCAAGCAGUUCUCCAACGGCGGCACCAAGCUCGACCCCAAGCACGUUUCUACCUUUGGCGGUGUCUACUCGGCGGGUAUGGUCCUGGGCCAGUUUGUUGUCCAGUGGCCGCUCGAGUGGCUCGGUCGCCGCGGCGGCGUCUGGGUCUGCUGUGUCGUGCUCGCCCUUGCCGCCAUGACCGAGUGCCUCAGCAAGGUGUGGUGGAACUGGACCAUUGCGCGUCUCAUUGCCGGCAUGGGUGUCGGCGCCAUCCAGGUCAACUUGCCCGUGUACAUCAACGAGAUGGCCGCCGUCCAGAUCCGUGGUAUCGUCGUCGUGGCCUACAGCUUCUGGUUCGCCUUUGGCCAGUUCUUCGCCUCGAUCGCCCUCUACAGCCGCAACAAGACGCACCCUUACGACUGGCGCAUUAUGAUCUACACCCAGUUCGCCAUGAUCGGUCUCAUGGCCGGCAUCUUCAUCAUCCUUCCCGAGUCCCCCUGGUGGCUGGUCCGCAAGAACAAGCUCGAGCGCGCCAAGAAGGUCCUCCAGUGGAACUACAAGGGCGUGCCGGGCUUCGACGCCGACCACGAGAUCUCCAUCAUCGCCGCUACCAUUGAGCAGCAGAAGCGCUGGGAGCUCGAGGCCAAGUCCCAGGGUCCGUUCGCUAUCCUCACCGGACUCAACCUGAAGCGUUUCCUCAUUGGCUGCUACCCCAAGGUCCUUCAGCAGUUUGCCGGCCUCGCCCUCUUCACCUCGUACGCGACCUACUUCUUCCAGCUCGCCGGCAACAAGGACCCUUUCAACGUGACGCUUAUUCUCACUUGCGUUGGAUGGGCCUCUGUUCUCCUUGACGCCGCGCUCGUUGACGUUAUCGGCCGUCGCCGGAUGACCCUCAUCGGCUUCAGCGGCGCCUGCACGGGUGUGCUCAUCAUGGCCAUCAUCGGCUGCUUCCAGUACGAGAAUGCCAAGCUCGGCGCUGUGCUCGUGUUCGGUGGCGUGUUCGCCAACUUCUGCAACCAGCUCCAGGGGUCGACCUCGUACGCGUACCUCACCGAGAUGCCCGAGCUGCGCUUCAAGGCGCGCGCGACCGGCUGGGGCCUCGCCUUCUGCAACAUCUGGGCCAUCCUCAUCAACUUCUGCCUGCCGCUCAUGAUCCAGAAGUGGGCCGUCAAGGCCGCGUGGUUCUUCGUGUGCCUCGGCAUCCCCGGCACCGUCCUCGCCUACUUCAUCAUGCCCGAGUCGAUGGGCCGCUCGUCGGCCGAGAUCCACGAGCUCUUCGUCGAGCGCGUCAACCUCCGCAAGUGGAAGGGCCACAAGACGAACAUUGAGCGCGACCUCGACGCUCGUAUGAACCACGCCCAGGGUAUCUGA